CCUAGAGCACGAUCCUCCGAACCGAUAGUUUGGGUGCUUGGAAUGCCGCAUUGAGGCACUCCGUGCUGUCUUCCGCAUCUCAUGUUGAGCUGAACUUGGGCAGAGAAGGAUUUAUUGAUCUUGCCUCUUGGCUUCCUGGCGACGUCCUGUCAUGUGCGGCAGAUAGGUGCGGCUAUCAUAAUGCCGUCGUCGACGUUGUAGGGCCAUAGGCCAGAGGGAAAAGAUAAGUUCGAGGUUGAAAAGGGGGUUUGCGUACCGCAAGCAUAAAUACAAACAUCGCCGUCCUCAAAAAUCCCAAGAACUGAGAAGCCAGCAGGCCCGACAGCGACAACCAAACAGCACACCUCUCACUGCAACCCCCAAGCCGGCACAUCCUCCCCCUUUCAAGAUGAAGCUCUCCACCCCGCUCGCCCUCCUCGCAUCCGCUGCGGCCGCUAGCGGCGCCGCGCUCGAGAAGCGCGGCUACGGCCCGCCCGUCAGCAAGGGCGACGUGUGUCCGGCCGGCCAGGGCUUCUUCUUCAAGGCGGCGUCGGGCAAGUUCUACCAGAUCGCCUGCGCCGUCGACGUCGUCGGUGGCACCCUCCUGGCCGUCUAUCCCAAAUUUUCGGGCAUCGUGGACUGUGCUGCCCAAUGCGACCUCUGGACCACCCAGGUGCCCAGUCGCCCGUGCUCCGCCGCAGCGUGGUACCGCUUCUCCCCGGACGGGGUGAAUAACUGCUUUAUCCGCGGCGGCUCCAUCCAGGGGGCUGUGGAGAGCAAGGAGACGCUUAACGCCGUGUCUGCGCUGCUCUGAGGAGAUGUUCGGCGUACUGUCUCGGAGGACUCGGGGCGAGCCUUUGUGAACAUAACAGUUGAUAGUCUUGCAAAAUAUGAUGUAUCUACCAGCC